UCCUAAUAUAUAGUCAAACAGUGAACUGUUUGGAAGCACAACAAUUGGAUCAAUUCUUUGUGGGGAAUAAAGCAGCAUCACAGAAGAAUCCAUGGCUAGUAUUCUAUUUCUUGCUCUAGGUCUUGCCCUACAGUGCUGCUUCAUAGCCAGUCUUCCUCACCCCCUAGACCCUCUCAAUCCGGCCGAAAUCAACCACAUAAGGCAUAUUAUUCAGAAGUCUCACCUUGUUACUCUUCCUAACCUAACUUUCCAUUUUGUUGAUGUAGAUGAUCCCGAAAAAAGAGAUGUUCUCAAGUGGCUAUCUUCAAAUAAACACAAUGAGUCCUUUCCCCGUCGAGCCAAGGUGGUGGUUCGGGCAGGGGGAGAGACCCGUGAACUCGUUGUAGACUUGGCCACUAAUUCAAUCACAUCAGAACAUGUUUACAGAGGCCAUGGUUACCCUCCAUUCACUUAUCAGGAGCUUUACCAAGCCAGCCAACUGCCCAAGAAGGACCCCAGGUUCAAAAACUCUAUACUCAGAAGGGGCUUAAAUCUAUCUGAAGUCUCCUGCAUACCAUUAACAGUUGGUUGGUUUGGGGAACUUGUUGCCAAAAGAGCCCUUAAGAUUGCAAGCUUUUACAGAGGAGGCACAGUUAACAUCUAUGCAAGGCCAAUUGGUGGUAUAAGCAUACUAAUAGAUGUUGAAACCAUGCAAAUUAUAGAGUACAUAGAUAGAUUUAAAACUGUAGUGCCUCCGGCCAAGGGCUCCGAUUAUCAAUCAACAAAGCAGAAGCCUUCUUCCUUUCCAUGUAAUGAAACAGAGCGCGGGUUCACCAUGGAAGGUCACAAGGUUAGAUGGGGUAAUUGGAUGUUCCAUGUAGGGUUCAAUGCUCGGGCGGGUGUGAUUAUAUCCACAGCUUCUGUAUAUGAUGCAAAACAAAAGAGGUUCCGGCCUGUGCUAUACAGAGGGCAUGUCUCCGAGACUUUUGUCCCGUACAUGGAUCCUACAAGUGAAUGGUAUUUCAGGACUUUCAUGGACAUGGGCGAAUACGGGUUUGGUCGAUCUGCUGACACCCUUGAGCCACUGGCCGACUGUCCGGGAAAUGCAGUGUAUAUGGAUGGGUACAUGGCUGGGGCAGACGGGCGGCCACAAAAGGUUGACAGAGCGAUAUGCAUUUUUGAGCGGCAUUCAGGGGAUGUUGCUUGGAGACAUACUGAAAUUGGUGUCCCUGGACGAACGAUAAGAAGAGUGGAACCAGAAGUGAAUUUGGUGGUCAGGAUGGUGGCUACUGUUGGGAAUUAUGAUUAUGUUCUUGAUUGGGAGUUCCAACAAAGUGGGUCAAUCAAAGUAGGGGUUGGGCUCACUGGUGUUCUGGAAAUGAAGGCCACCUCAUACACAAAUACAGAUCAGAUACGGAAGGACGUGUUUGGUACGUUACUGGCAGAUGAUAUCGUUGCCGUCAACCAUGACCACUUUCUCACCUACUACCUCGACCUUGAUGUUGACGGAAUGGAUAACUCUUUCAUCAAAGCUAAGUUAGGAACAAGAACGACAACAAGCGUUGGCAUCAAAUCUCCAAGGAAGAGUUACUGGUCGGUAGUCAAGAAAAUGGCCAAGACGGAAGCUGAGGGUAGGAUUCGACUGGGCUCGAAACCAGUGGAGUUGUUAGUAGUGAAUACCAAUAAAAAGACAAAAACAGGGAAUUAUGUGGGUUACCGAUUGAUUGCUGGACAGCCGGUUUACUCCCUCUUAUCCGAUGACGAUUAUCCCCAAAUUCGUGUGGCUUACACCAAGUAUCAAAUGUGGGUGACUGCUUAUAACAAGUCAGAGAGGUGGGCUGGUGGGUUUUAUGCUGAUAGGAGUCGAGGAGAUGAUGAGCUGGCUGUUUGGAGCAACAGGAAUAGAAGCAUCGCAAACAAAGAUGUAGUAGUAUGGUACACAGUAGGGUUCCAUCACAUUCCCUACCAGGAAGAUUACCCGGCAAUGCCCACACUUCACGACGGAUUCCAACUCCGGCCGGCUAACUUUUUUGAACGCAACCCAUUAGCUCAGACUACUUCCAAUAAAAACCUGGGUUCAGGCAUCACUGCCGGUACCAAUUCUUCAUGGAAAUCUCCCUCUGGUCAUUUUGCUUUUGGCUUCUACCCCCUUGCCAGUGGUCGCUUCCUUGUCGGGAUUUGGUUCGACAAGAUCCAGGCGAAAACACUGGUCUGGUCAGCCAAUCGUGAUGAUGCAGCUCGAAUUGGAUCGGCCGUCAACCUCACACUCGGUGGCCAGCUUGUACUGACACACUCAAAUGGAACUAAACUUUUAAUAUACAAUGGCACGCUCGCAAGGUCGGCUUCCAUGGAAGAUAAUGGAAAUUUUGUGUUGAGAAACUCUUCCUCCAAAAUUAUCUGGCAGAGCUUUGAUUUUCCAACUGACACGAUCUUACCAGGCCAAGUUCUGGUUAUGGGCCAGAAGCUCUACUCCAAUAUCAAUGGAACGGUAGAUUACUCGACGGGAAGGUUCAUGUUGGAGCUUCAGAUGGAUGGAAACGUGGUUAUUUCGUCAUUUCAGUUUGCAGAUCCAGGUUAUUGGUUCACCUUAACUGAGCGAGAUAAGAAUAUAAGCCUAGUUUUCAACGCCAGUACUGCUUUUAUGUAUGUGAUGAAUACAACUUCUAUCCGAUACCGUAUGGGUAUGGAAAGAGAAGUGCCGACUCCAAUCACAGAUUACUACCACCGAGCAGUGAUCAAUGACUAUGGGAAUCUCCAGCAGAUGGUUUACAAGAAAGGAAGUGUCGGCCGGUGGAAGGUCGUGUGGGAGGCUGUCACGGAGCCUUGCAUUGUGUAUAAUAUUUGUGGGGUGUAUGGCUUUUGCACUUCGCCUGAUAACAAGACAGUGACAUGUACCUGUUUGCCGGGUUAUUCACCAUGGGAUCCAAAUGUGCCCUCAAAAGGAUGCUACCCCAAUGAGAUGGUGGAUUUUUGUGCCCCAAAUUCUUUGGCUUCAGAUUUAAUCCUUGAAGAGAUGGAUAAUACGGAUUUCCCCAAUGGAGCAUUUGGAGAUAUGGCGAAAAGCGCACCGUCAGAUUUGGUUAGCUGCCGGAAGGCAGUGAUGGAUGACUGUUCCUGCAUGGCUGGUGUUUGGGUGGAAUCAGUUUGCUACAAGAAGAGGAUGCCUUUGUUGAAUGCUAGAAGAAGCAACUCUUCUAAUAACAUAGUUGCAUUUCUUAAAGUUCCCAAGGUGAACAACAGUUUGGGGAUUUAUGACCACAAUGAAAGCCGCGCCCCAUCCCGGGCUGUCCUGCUUGCAGGUCUUUUAUCCUGCUCCAUACUUGCUGUACUGUUUGCGGCGUCCGCCAUCUAUCAUCAUCCUCUUGCUCAGCCCUACAUACGAAAACACCCUCCUCCAACUUUAAAAGUGCCGGUGGAGAUAAAUUUGAAAGCCUUUUCAUUCCAGGAGUUGCGGGACGGGACAAAUGGGUUCAAAAACAAGCUAGGUGGCGGAGCUUUUGGUACUGUUUAUGGGGGGGUUCUUACCAUAGAGGAUGAAGAGGUUGAAAUUGCUGUGAAGCAGCUAGAUAAGGUGAUUGAUCAACAAGGUGAGAAGGAGUUCAUGAAUGAAGUUCGAGUAAUUGGUCUGACCCAUCACAAGAAUCUGGUUCGGCUGUUGGGUUUCUGCAAUCAGCACAAUCAUCGACUUCUGGUUUAUGAGCUGAUGAAGAAUGGGGCUCUAUCUAGUUUCCUAUUUGAUGAAGGGAAGAAACCCAGUUGGGAUCAAAGAGCUCAAAUCGUGCUUGGAAUCUCAAGGGGUCUGUUAUAUUUGCAUGAAGAAUGCGAGACACAGAUCAUUCAUUGCGACAUAAAGCCACAGAAUGUUCUUCUUGACAGUAACUAUACUGCCAAGAUAGCAGAUUUUGGUCUGGCAAAGCUUCUAAAGAAAGACCAAACACGGACCAGCACCAAUGUGAGAGGCACAAUGGGAUACAUGGCACCGGAAUGGCUCAAGAAUGCACCAGUAACCACAAAAGUUGACGUCUAUAGCUAUGGGGUUAUGUUGCUUGAGAUUAUAUUUUGCAGAAAGCACUUAGAGUUGCACCGAAUUGAGGAUGAAGAGACUGGAGGGGAUGACAUGAUUUUAGUUGAUUGGGUUCUAUGUUGCGUUAGAGAUGGGAAAUUAGAAGCUGUUGUUAGUCAUGAUACUGAGCUUUUAUGUGAUUAUAAGAGGUUCGAGAGGAUGGCCAUGGUUGGUUUAUGGUGCGUAUGUCCUAACCCAACCCUUCGGCCCUCUAUGAAGAUGGUGAUGCAAAUGUUAGAAGGAAGUAUUGAUGUUGGUAUUCCUCCCCUGAUCGAAACACUCAUGUUUUAAGAUAAUUUGUGUUAUUAUGGGUUAAUCCUUUCAAGAGACCAAUUUGACAUUUAAAGAGGCGUUUUGGUCGUAACUAUUUCCUCUUCAUUCUUUGGCAAUUCUAAUACUCCACUAGGUUAUUCUGUAAUUUGCCCUUGUCACUAUCACUAUUUUGUGUUGAUAUAUAUUCCAUUUUCUAGCAGAGUUUACGUGUUUGAGUAACUUCAUAUUAGAAGAAAGAUG